GUCAAAUGUUCGCAGCCACUUAGCAUCUGUUUGAUGCGGAGGAUUGUUGAGAUUCCUAGGUCGCCUGGUGGUUAUGGGUUUCGUUUGAAGAAUGAACGUCCUUGCCUCAUAGAUCAUGUUCUAACUGGGUCUAAUGCAGAAAAAUCAGGGGUUAGGGUUGGUGAUAUAUUGCUCAAAGUGAACGGUGUGAAUGUUAUUAGUGCUACUCACGAAGAAGUUGCCUCGUUGAUUUGGCGAUGCCAUAAAAAGUUAUUCAUUGAGGUUUUCCUGCUUCAAACUGUAAUAUAUCUUUAGGUAGAGUCACAGGAAUCAAGGUCUAGCCAAUGUAUCAUUGGUUCUUUAGAAUCCAGUCAUCAGGAUUCACACUGCAUGAUUAGUUCGGAACACAAAACUUAUAGCAGAACAACCUCCGUGUUGAUUUAUGCAGGUUGUGUAUCAGUGCCUGCUGGUUUUAAGUCACAUACUGAAGAACUUUCAAUUCUAAGGAGGAAAACUAACUCUGUGGUUAAUAAAAUACAUGUCCAUGCGAUGUCAAUAUGCUUGGUCGAUAUCCGUUUAGGUGUUCUCCAGGUUCACCUUCAUGACACAUACACUGCAAAAUACCCGGUUAGCUGUUUGCACUCAGCUGGUCAUGUUGAUUCCGACGAAAAGUUUCUUUACAUUGUUACUCGCAGUAAGAACAAAGGUAAUGCAAACACGAUAAAAGUCAAUGAGAACCGUGGUGAGUUUUGGUUAUUCAUUUAUAUACGUAUCCAUAUUUUUACGCAGAUUUUCAGCAUAGCCCCAUUCCUAUCUUUUUGACGUAGAGUAAAUUGUAAGCCACUGUACACUUCUUACAUACACAUAAGUAUUUUUCGUUAGGUACUAUUGUUUAGCACGUAGUUUCAAUUUUUAGGCAACACUCACGCUUUUACAAAACGUUUAGCAUUGCCAUAGUCAUUUAAAAUAUGUUCGAAGAGAUUAAAGUCAAAUCUAAGUAGGAAUUUUGCGUUGAAUUAUGUUGUUCUCAUGCAUUUUUCCACAAGGCACUUGCGCAUUAUGAGACUUAAUAUUCUUUUAUUGCAUUCAUACACUCAGUCGUUGAUAAAAAAGUAGGAUUUCCCAUUCGUUUUUCCUACUUAUCUCAGAGAACUAUCUUGUGGUUUCUGUUUGCUUUUAAAUGGAUUCUCAAGGGUCAAAGGAUCCAGUUUUCAGUCACUGGGUCUCAGGUUCGAUCUCCGCAUCACUUUAAUAUAUUUACUGUGUGUAUAAAAAUAUCGUCAUUAGAUAAAACUUACUCCUGGCACUGCUGAGACUAAAGCUAUCAAACCCUUGGUAUAGAUGAGUGUUUGUCAUUUAAUGUUAGUUCUAGAGUCCUGCAAAAAGGCAGUUCCAACAUUCCACAUGUUUAUUAUGCCUAUGUAACCUGUCUUGAUCUAUAAGCCUAAAGUAACAUGAUUUCUCAAACUACUCUUUUCCAAGGAAAAAAUGCUUCUGUUAAGUUAAUGAACUGUCAUGUAUUCAGAACACUACCAGCAAAAUUUUUAUCUCAUUCGGGUCACAUAGCGAUUGCAAAGACGUUUGGAAUAAACUGUUCAUAUGACCGCUUGACUGGCGAGUGCUGUAAUUUCCCUUCCAGCACUACUUGUGCACUAUCCCAUUUACAAACUAUGCUGGGGAAUUCAGGAUUACAAAGCACUAUGAAUAUUGGAGAUCUUCGGAGCGUUUCACGACGAAGUUCCGAAAUAUAUCACAGUUCAGCUAAUAUUUCUUCGACAGAAUUUCACACGAAAUCAAAUUCAAUAGCAAUAAGUUUCCAGGAUCCAAACUAUCAUGCUAAUCAGGUAAAUGUUUCUUAAUGUCAUCCUGAGGACUUUAGUGGACAAAUACUUUUCGGUAAAAUAAUUCGUAAUUACUUUAAUGUACUUUUCGUAAAUUUUUUAAAACAAUGUAAAUGGAUACUGCCUUUAUCUCAAUAAUCUGUUAAGUAUUCCAGUAACUUUCAUUCAUUGUUGGACCUGGCGCGCACCUGUUUCAGGUCAAGUCAAUACAUAAUUCAGCUCCAGUCAAAAAGACCAGCGGGGUAAUAUAUACAUGGUUACUUUGUUGUUAGCUAACUACGCGUGAAUCAACAUAUCACCAUUAACCAUAUUUUACUUGUUAGAGUGAGAAUAAUUUGUAGCAGUGUAGAAUAAAUGAAGUAGCUGAGAGUGAGUGUCUCUAUCUUCAAUUUUCUCAUAGAGAGUUGCAACUCAACAGUAAUUGCUUUUAGCUUCUUAAAGGCAGAUUUCUAAGUGUGCCUGGAAUAGUAGAAUAGUGGCUUGUUGUUCCAAACAUUCUUUCGAUUAAUGGGUCACAGGUUCGAAUUUCGAUAUAUCAACCAUGAUUUAUUUUUACUUUAAUAAUUUAAAGUGUAUUUUCAAUGCCUAAUCUUUUCUAUUACCACUAAAACUUUUAUUACCUUCACUCCUUCGAGAUUCGCUCUGGCAAUUUGAUCUUUCUUAUGCUUACGGGGGUAUGGCGAUUUAAACCGACUCGCACGUGCCAAGUUCUGCGUUGUGUAUGACUGACUGGAACUUUAAUACUUGGGCAAUACCACUAUUCCUCACGCAGUGGUUACUCUAACCGAAUAGCCGAACUCGUAGUUGGCUAUUGUAUGUUGAACUGUGCUAUUUUAGUAGGUGUAGACUAUCUCAAAAUCCUCGCGAUUACCGAGACUAGCAGUUGAAGAUUCAGGGUAUUGUAGUUCUUGAUCUUGAAUUCCAGUUUUCCUUCAUACAUUCCUUCCCAAUCUUUCCAAACCAUAUUCCCGUCACUUAGCUUUACUAACUUUCACUGCUACUACAUUAUUUCUGCCUCUCUUAUAUUUUGCAUUUCAUUUUAUUUAUGUGAUUUUGGCAACUUCAACCAACACACGAUUGUUUCAGGCUCCACCUUGAUUAUGACUAGUCAAUAUACUAGUUAUCAGUAGAGUCAACAUUAUGUUUCGUCUUAUCCUAGAAUUUUCGAUUCGUUGUAUUUAAAUCUGUUUUGAUUCUCUGACCAAUUAUAUGUAUGAUAUACUACUAGUUACAAAAUGACAGAUUUUUCAUCAUUAAUAUUCCAAAAGUGAAUUGACUUAUCCAAAUAGGGUUUUCCACGUAAUAAGACUACAAUCGAACCCAGAUAGAUUUAUUAAGUUCUUAAUGUCAACGAAAAACCACUAUAACUAAUUCGUUGUUUUGUUGCCAGAUAAUAUACAUGAAGCGGCUUAUUUGUUAAUCUAUGAGUAUCAGGAUACUUAUAUUACAAAGGUUUGGGAGCUAGAGAGUGUACCAACGUCAUGGAAUGAGUCGAUAGUUGUCCCUAUCUUUAAAAAGGGUUCACGUCGUCUCUGUCACAACUAUCGGGGAAUAAGUCUACUUCCGGUUGCGUCCAAGCUAUUGGCUUCCGUCAUACUUCGUAGGUUGUUCAAAACCCGAGAAAGAUUGGCUCGCGAGGAGCAGGCUGGGUUUCGUUCUGGUCGAGGAUGUAUUGAUCAUAUCUUCACCCUCCGCCAAAUGUUAGAACACCACCAUACUUAUCAAAGGCCAACAAUCGUAGUGUUUCUUGACAUCAGGGCUGCUUUCGAUUCGUUGGGUAGGACUGUUCUGUGGGAUUGUCUAUUGAAGAAGGGUGUGCCUGAGAAGUUUAUUAACAUCCUAAAAGCCCUAUAUAGAAACACCUCAGGCAGAGUGAGGACAUAGAACCACCUUUCUCUAUUGUUCCAUUCGAGCAGUGUAGUUAGGCAGGGUUGCCGAAUCUCACCAUUCCUCUUCAACUUUGCCAUCGAUGACAUUCUGGAAACAGCUCUGAUGAAUGUAAGUAAUGGUUGUGUGGAUCUGUUGCCUGGAGAAAGACUUCUCGACCUUGAGUAUGCGGACGAUAUUGUCUUAUUGUGCGAGAAUGUCCAAGGCAUGCGAUCCGCACUUAAUCAGUUGGAAAUCAGUGUCCGUAAGUAUGGUAUGUGCUUUGCACCUUCGAAGUGCAAAGUACUUCUACAAGACUGGCAGGAUUCUAAUCCUGUACUCACCCUGGAUGAUGAGCAGAUAGAAGUAGUCGAGAAGUUCGUGUUUCUGGGUAGCUACAUAAGUGCUGGUGGUGGUGUGAGUGAUGAGAUCAAUGUACGUAUGGUGAAAGCCAGAGCGACUUAUGCCAAUCUGGGACACAUUUGGCGCCUUCGUGAUGUUAGUCUGGCUGUAAAAGGUCGGAUCUACAAGGCGUCGGUGAGAGCAGUUUUGCUCUAUGCUUGUGAAACCUGGCCUCUCCGAGUAGAGGACGUUAGACGACUCUCUGUGUUCGAUCAUCGCUGUCUCCGAAGAAUUUCUGACAUCCAGUGGCAACACCAUGUCAGUAAUGCAGAGGUUCGGCAUCGUGUGUUCUGGCACAGAGAUGAUAAUGCAAUCGAUGUCACCAUCUUGAAACACCGACUUCGGUGGCUUGGACAUGUUCUACGAAUGUCGUCCCAGAGAAUUCCACGUCGUGCAUUAUUUGCCGACUCUGGGACUAAUUGGAAAAAGCGGAGAGGUGGUCAGUGUAUGACAUGGUGUCGUGGUAUGAAAGAAAGCUGCAAAGGGCUGGCUCCUGUCGGUCCUUCACGACUCCCUGGUUGGGGUCUGAGAGAUGGUGCUACACAGUGGAUAGAGACGUUAUCAGAUAUGGCUCAGAAUAGAAGCCAGUGGCGAUCCUGCUGUAACCUUCUUUUAUUUUCUUCAUAAAAAUUGGUUGUCUCCCUUAACUGAAAGAUUUCUUCUGAUUGUACCUUUCCGUUCCCCCAUUAUUAUUAUUACUACACUACCUUGCACCAACCUCUUCGUUAUUGUUCUUUUUUUUGCACUCCUUACCUUUUUUUUCUUCCUCUUCGAAUUCUCAUUGUUUUGUGUGGCGCAUAUAUAUUGGCGCUCUCUUGUACCAAUAUUUAUGUGUUCAAAUAAAAUAAUAAUAAUAAUAAUAAGAUGAAAUUCAGUGGUGGUAAUAUAUAAAAGAAAGAUUGCAAUAAGGAUAUAGUACAGGAAGAAAGAAUUAGUUCGUAGAAAGAAAGAUAUGAAGCGAUUUUAAACUCUUAGUUUAAGGGAAGACAGAAAGUGUAUACAUCUACACCAUUGUGAUCGAUUCAGAGCCGUGUUACCAAGAGUCUCUAACCAUGGUUACGAUAGUCACGCGGAUCCCAACCGAGUAGUCUGCAUCUACCAAAAUGGCUCAGACUAGAAGUUACUGUCUUCAAGCACUGAUGCCACGUUUUGGUUUGGCCGCCCUCAACAUUCUUCCAACCAUCGCCAACACCAGUUAGCAUUGCACGUCGUGGUAAUCGGUGUUCAGGCAUACGUAACACGUGGCCCAACCAUCUCAGUCGAUGAAGAUUCACAACCUCAUCAACUGAUUUACCAUCAUUCCCUAAUACCUUGUGUCUAACCUCACUGUUACUAACCCGGUGAUCCCAGCAGAUGGGAGCAAUAUUUCUAAGGCAUCUGUGGUCAAAUACUAGUAGCUUACGAGUAUCUUCGACUCUUAAUGGUUGGUGAUAUCCACUUAAAAAUAGCAUGUCCUGUUGCAUCAUUUAUAGGCCACUCAAGGAUAUUUUAGGAUCGAUUCGCCUUGUUUAUGCUGUUUAUCGUUAGUCAUAGAUUACUCAAAUUUGAUUUCGAAUGUAAGUGUCAAUUUAGGUCUCUCUAUCCACUCAUGCUCAGUUUUUGAACAGUGUCAAUUUUUAGUUAACAACUGAUGUCUUGAUUCAGUAAUUAACUAGUUCAUUUGUUUUAAGUUCCCCUCUUGCAAAUAUAUACAAUUCUCUACUUGCAAGACAUAAUAUCUCAGCUAUUUCAUUAUUUCUUUCUCCUUUACCAUAUUUCCACACUUACAGCCUAAAAGAUCCCGUAAUUCUCUUCCUGAACCAAUAAAUCCUAACUUGAUCUCAAAGUUUUUAAAGGCUACUUCAUCUUUAAGUUCACGAAUUGUGAGUUCAAAGAAUUCUUUGGAAACGGUAAGUUCAAACGUUUUCGUCUUUACUGUAGUAAAGUGAACUAAACGAUAUUAGAUCGACGUGAACUAAAGGUAUUUGAAUUUUGGUAAUUUCAUUUAAAUCUUAAACAUCCUUGUACAGUCAGACGUACCAUUUCACAAGAUUAUCUUUCGGUGGUGAAACAUGCUAACAAAUACCAUGAGCAGCUAGGAAACUAACUCCUUAAGUGAACCAUAGUUGUCUGAAUUUUGAAUUUUUUUUGUUUUUAACACACUGUCAUUAGUGAAAUACUCGCUUGUGUACACUUUCCAAACGUCAAUGGUACAGUUAAAAGGCUAGUUGAAAGUUAGUAAAUUAUCUAUGGAUUCGAUACUACAAUCCUAAAAUUACCAUUAUAUAUAUACCAAUCAAAAUCUACCCAUUAGUAGGUUGACAUGUUAUUGCACCAAGCCAAUAUAUUGCAACUUCAGUCCCAACACUGGGAACAAGACUGCUUCUAUCCUCUUCCUCCCUGCCUCGCUAUCUAGGGUGAGAAGUCGAGUUUCUUGAUGGAAGCUCUGUUGAUGAUGUUUUUAAUAACAUUAAGAAUACUUUUAAGUUGAUCGAUUACAAUGGUGCACAUGGGCUCCAGUAUCCUGAAGGAAGAAAUGGCGUAUGAACCAAUUGUUGGUCACGGCUACCAUGGGAAUCCAUCUCCUUACGAUGCUCCACUGCCUUGUGGACGAGACCUUCAGGUCGAAGGCUCGGGGAGUGCCCCCCUAAGAAAACUACCUGCUUCGGUUUGGGCACCUGGGCAGUGUCACAGCCCUCACAUAUAUCGAAUGAGAUUUGUGUGGCGCAUAUAUAUUUGGUGCCUCCUUGUACCAAUAUCUAUGUGUUACAAUAAAUAAAUAAAAUAAAAUAAGCACAUAGCUUAGUAAGAGUGUAUUAGAAGUUCACAAAGUAAGUUAAUGAAAAUGUGUUGACAGUUGACCUUAUAUUCAUCUUAAAUUAAUAUUAAUUUCCUUCCUCACAAGCUGUUUGUUGGUAUUCCACAUUCACAACAUGAGUUUUAUCUUAUUUUUCUGAGCACCGUUUAAGCGGAUUAAAACAUUUAGUUUUUAAGUAGGUAUUUCACAUUAAUCCUUGCUAAAGGCGUAGUUUUGAGCUGAUAAAGAGUGAAACGAUUGGAAAGAAUAUUCAUGUAAAUUAUACAAAUAAUAGAUAUUUUAAUACAUAUCAGGAUUUUUAUUCUGCUUGAUUUCCUCUAUAAUUUGAGGGUUAAAGACUAAAAAUUCAAAUUGAAAAGUAUUGAACUAGCUGAUUUGUCUAUCUCAUUAUGUACUUAAUGUUGUAAAUUACCAGAAAUUUGUUUUCGUUUCUAACGAACUGUCUAUUUUGUUACACUUUAUGUUGAAGGUCGUAUUAAAAUAACGUAUAUUACUUAUUCCAAAAAUAUUAAGUGGUACCAACAUUAAUCAGUAGGACAUUUAUUUAUUUUUGUUUCAUACUUAGGUAAAAACGAAUUGUGAUGAACAGCUACCAAAAAUCAGUUGUUUUAGUUCUACUACUGAAAUUGAAGAUACUGAAAAUAUAGAGCCACCUAAUGAUCCGUCAAGUGCGUCAUCAAAUCCAAUGUCAUGGGCGAAAGAUUUUGAUAACCUUCUAAAUGACCCUGUCGGUUGCAAUGAAUUUAGGAAAUUUCUGAUAACAGAAUUCAGCAGUGAAAAUCUUGAUUUUUUGCUUUCAGUCCGUAGUUGGCGUCAUUCCUUUGAAACCGGAAAUGUGAAAAAGAGAGCAAAUGAGAUAUUUAGUCAAUUCUUGGUUUCUGAUGCUACUCAAGCUGUAAACAUAGAUCAUUUAGCUAUAAAGUCUGCCUCAUCUUGUUUAUCACAUCCUCAUGUAGAUAUGUUCUUAGAAGCUGAAAAUCAGGUAUAUACAUUAAUGAAAACCGAUUCAUUCCCACGAUUCUUAGAGUCUUCAAACUAUUCAUCAAUAAUAAAUAAUUUCAAUGUAAAUAAAUCUUCCCGAAAAUCAACUGUGCUAAAUCAAUCUAAAAGUUUUAAGAACAAAACAGAUGUUUCUCUAGAUAGAAUGUCUUCAAAAAUAUCAACAACUAUUAACCGACCUGGCAAAGACGAUGGUAAAUUGAUAUCAUCGCAAGUAAAAAGUUGUAAACAUGGCAGUUCUCAAGUGAACAAAAGUAAAAUUGUAGUCAUGCAUAAAAGUGAUAAAACUGCUACUCCUAGUGCUGAGAUCAAAGACAAAUUGAAUAAGGAAUUUAAUAAUAAUAGUUUCAAGUCAAAUUUAAUAAGAUUAAAAAGUAUGAACGUGAUCUCACGCAGUUCUAGGGUGGCCAACAGUCCAUGUUCAAUUUUAAGCGAAUCUUCAAAACACAGUAAUGUUGUGAGGUUGAUUGUUCUGAUUUCUUCCAGUGAUUUUUCAGCUUGACAUUUCUGUAAGUUCUGUUAGCUUAGUCCUUUAUAUUGCAUUGGUCUAUAGUUGAUCAGGGGAAUUACCACAUUGCUUCAAAAAGCUAUCUCGAUCUUUCUCGGCUUUGGCUGCUUCUAGGGUACGCGAGGUGUCCGUUCACCAAUGAAGGGAUGAAUAUACCGCUGGUUUGAUGUUUGGCUUUGGAGCAACUAAAUGUGCAUUGUGGUUAUGGUGUAAGCUGCUCAGCAAUAUAUCAAAGGGUUAAUAGAGCUACCAGUCUUUAUCGACUGCUGUGCGUAGGACAUAUGCUUCGGAUACCUAGCCACCGCCUUCUCUGAAGCACGAUGCUGGUUGAGGUGGAAAUAUGUUUAAGUAAACUUCGGAGAGGUUGCUAAACCAAAACAUGGUAUCAGACUAUGAAGUCAACAAUUUAUGAAAUGAUUGCUCCAGGAGUUGGUGAGGGCUACCUGGUUCGUGUCUGCGCAUUUAUAAAUUAGAGACUCCUAGUGAUUUGGGUUAGAAUCGAUCAUAAUGACAUAGGUGCACUUAAUCCUUACUUUUCUCUCAAUGUUGAUCUUCAAAAUUGUUCCAUAAUUUUUCAGACCCAUCCUUAUUUUGAAAUAUUUAACUUCGCAGAAUUAUUUUAACUCUCUUGCUAUUUACAGCAAUAACAUCGUCAUAGUAAUGUGGUACAGCAAUCUGGACUGACGCGCUUUUGUGCCUCGAUGUAUGUUGGUCAAGAACGACUGACCGUACUUCCUUAGGUUUCGGAUAUUGACUUCCAUUAAUUUUCAUUGGCAAUUCUUUUAGUUGUGCAUAAAGAUAAAUCAUGUGCAAUCACCUACUUUCAUUUGGAUAUACCUGGAAUUUAUCCCGUCGCAGUUUUUCUAUUCGUACCCUGCAUAAAUGUACAGUUUAAAUUUAUACGAAUGUAUAGCCUUAUUUGAAAUCAUCUUUGCUCGUUUGCGGUUCGGGGACUAAUAAAGGGAAAUUUGAGCCUUAGGCGGCAGUAGUGUUAAGUCACUCAGUCAUUUGCAAAGGGGAACCUGGCAUUUAGGAUUAUCGGUUCAAGUUUCCAUACCACAUUAGCACAAUGAAAUAGUUCUUUUUAUACAAAUCCCAAAGUAAUAGUAAUAACAGUAUCAGUAGUUGUACGUAUAAAAGGGAAACACAGAUAAGGAAGUUUCAAUAACUAGAUUCUAAAGGAAUAAUGAAAGUGAAUGGACGUGCACCAAUGCAAACGAUUUUGGACCAUGACCUUCAGUCUCUAACCACUGGACACGAUAAUCAUGAGGACCCCAACAAUGUAGUCUACACCUAUCAACAUGGCUAGAUUCAAUUACCAACAACUUCGUGGACUGAUGCCAUGUUUUGGUUUGGCCGCCCCUAGCUUUCUUCCAGUCUACUCUCACACCGGAAAGCAUCGCCCGACGAGGUAGACGGUGGUUGGGGGUACGUAACACAUCCCAACCGUCUCAUUUGAUGAAGAUUUACUAACUCGUUAUUCGAUUUCAUAUCCUUACCUAGUAGCCUGUUCCUAACCCAGACAUUACUAACUCUGUGGUCCCAAAAUACAUAUCAUCGUGAUGCAGAUAUAUUUGAUAUGGAUAUGUAAACUAAGCAACACAGACGGCAUCGAAUGUCUAACUUUUAUGCACCGCCAACUGCUAUCAUUAAGGUACAUUGAACUUUAAAUAUUAUGUUUCAUUAGUAGUUAUGCAGUUUAACUAUCAGUUGUAGCACCUCACGGUCUCUAUAUGAGUCUUAACAGUUUGUGACGCUAGGUGACUUUUAACUGGCUAAUCGUUUGUACACGCUUGAUAAUUCUGAUUUACUAUUAGUUGUAGCAUUAUAUACCCAUAAAAUAACCGAGCAUACGGAUGUCGUGACAUGGUUUAAUAAACUUCUUUUCUGUAAACCAGUACGUUUCUAAGGUGUGCACAAGUGUCGAGCAUCAAACUUAAAAUUUUGAAAAAUCAUUUACUUAUCUAGUGGCAAGCAUCUGGCCAUAAUAACAGUUACCAUGAUACGAACAUUUUCAACUUCAACCCAUCUUUCUAAAAGAGCAUUCGGGGUGAAGUCAAAUUCAGUUUCUCAAUAAGUUGCAGUGUUAUGUUUUUGAACAGUCGUUCGUCAAAUGAGCUUACGUAAAAGUGCGCUUGAACUUGUUGCGAAAGUUACGCACUUGAUUAGACGUUCCAUGAUUGUUAGACAUGGUAGUACCUCGAAAAAGUAAUAAUAACUAUUUAUAAGCAAGGGUAGGUAAACGGGUAGUCUUUUUGUCUGAUGGCACUUUUUCAUGAUUUAUACUGCUUGAACUCUUUAUAAGUGGUUUUGUCAUGAGUCAUAAGCUUCUAAACUCCAAGCAGAAUCAGAUUAUCCUUCUAUUAUCUGUUUAUUAUUCAUAUAUGCCAUUAAAUUUCCUCUGUUUAUUUCAAAUCGCUGUGUACUUCAGUCUUGUAUUUUUAGGGAUGGGGAUAUUUCUUACAGUGUCGGGCAGCUCCACAGGUUACAUUCCAAAUAGAUCUCAAGUUCUUCCUCCAUUAAGAGGAAGCUUUCCGUUAGAUCAUCAUGGCGUAUGUAAAGUUGCUAUGUUGGAAUGGACUCAAUGUAUGAAAAAGAAUCAUUGGAAUAAUUCUUUAUGUAGAUCUGAAGCGGCCGGUUAUUUGCGUUGUCGAGCAGAGAACAAUUUAAUGGAUCCUGAUGAAAUGUCCUUGCUUGGAUUCACUGAAGAAGAAUGGAAUCAAACUAAUAAACAUUUCGAUAGUAAAACGUAA